AUGGAGCUCCCAUUGAAUGCUACCGCCAAGUGCGAAGUUUGUGCAGUUAUUCGAUUUUUGAACGCAAAAGGCGUUAAACCGGUUGAAAUUCAUCGCCAAUUGACGGAAGUGUAUGGACAGUCAUGCAUGGAUGUCAAAAAUGUUCGCAAGUGGUGUAGGGAGUUUACAGCCGGUCGUACUGAAAUUCACAACGAACAAAGGAGCGGGAGACCAUCAAUUUCCGACGAGACAGUCACAAAGGUUGAGGAAAACAUGUGUGAAGAUCGGCGGAUCACUCUGGAUGCUCUCUGCAUUUUGGCUCCUGAGGUUUCCCGAAGCACCAUCCACAGGAUUUUAACGGAAAAGUUGCAAUAUCGGAAGGUGUGCGCAAGAUGGGUACCACGUAUGCUGAUAGAACACCACAAAUGGCAACGAGUUGAUUCUUCCUGUGAAUUUCUUUGCCACUAUGCAAACGAAAAGGACAACUUCUUGGACUCAAUUGUCACGGGUGACAAAACCUGGGUGUUCCACUUUACACCUGAGACCAAACAACAAUCACGCGAGUGGCGGCAUUCCUCUUCUUCCAAGCUGCGAAAAUUCAAACAAAUACAGUCUGCCGGUAAAGUCAUGGCAACUGUGUUUUGGGACCGGAAGGGGGUAUUGUUGGUCGACUUUAAGCCUGCUGGAACCACAAUAAACGCUGACACAUACUGUGAAACACUGAAAAAACUCAGUAGGGCAAUUCAGAACCAGAGAAGAGGAAUGCUGAGCAAGGGCAUUCUCCACGUCAACCCUCGUCCACAUGUCACCCGUCAAACUGUCGCUCUCCUGCAAAACUUUGGUUGGAACUUCAUCACCCACCCACCCUAUAUUCUGGACUUGGCACCCAGUGACUACCACCUGUUCCCUAAGUUGAAAGAACAAUUGUCUGGAAGGCAAUUCUUCUCCGACGAAGAGGUGAAAGAUGAGGUUCAACACUUCCUGAAGGACAUGCCACAACGUCUACAAAAAUGCAUCGACCGAAAUGGCGAUUAUGUAGAAAAAUAA